AGACAGGUGCCAAUCCGAACAUCCGGGCCAUUGAGGCUCCCGAUUCAAGACUCGAACAAAACGACUUUAGCUCGCCCGGAGCUCCAAGAUCCCGCCGGGCUCAGUGUUAUUCUAUUCAACCACACAACCCUCGAGACCACAGAACCAUGGCGGCCAAGAGGGCGGUUACUUGCUUGCUGCGGUCACUGCAAACCGAGCAGAGACCAAUUGGCCUCGCAAUUCCCAGAUGGGCGUCGCCGAACCGCUCACUCCCCUUCUCCCAGGGCCAGUUCGCUCCCCGGCGGCCGAUCUCUAGUACCCCGCGGCGCCCGAGCGAGAAGCAGCCAGCAGACGACCCGAACUUCAUCUCGAUCCUCGAUAACCCCCCCGAGCUCGUCCGGACGGGCCGCAAACAUGGGCCGGGCCUGAUCAUCCUCGCCAUUAUUCCCAUAACCGCCUUCUUCCUCGGCACCUGGCAGAUCAAGCGGCUGCAGUGGAAGACGGACCUGAUCGCCAAAUGCGAAGACCGCAUCGUGCGCCCGCCGCUGCCGCUCCCGGCGCGCAUCGACCCGGACGCCAUCGCCGACUUCGACUACCGGCGCGUGUACGUGACCGGCCGGUUCCGGCACGACCAGGAGAUGCUCGUAGGCCCGCGCAUGCGCGACGGCGAGCAGGGGUAUAUGGUGGUGACGCCCCUCGAGCGGGACGGGGACGAGGGCGCCAAGGUGCUGGUCAACCGCGGCUGGGUCUCCAAGGCGAAGGCGGAUCAGAGCAAGCGGCCCGACGGGUUGCCGCGGGGGGAGGUGAGGGUGGAAGGGCUGCUGAGGGAGCCGUGGAAGAAGAACAUGUUUACGCCGGCGAACCGGCCAGAGAAGGGGGAGUUCUACUUCCCCGACGUCAAACAGAUGGCAGAGCUGACGGGGAGUCAGGCUGUCUGGGUGGAACAAACUAUGGAACCUGAUUAUUUCCAGUUAUUGGAUUAUCAGACACGCGGCAUCCCCAUUGGAAGGCCGGCAGAGGUGAAUCUGCGCAACAAUCAUGCGCAGUACAUCUUCACCUGGUAAGUUUCAUCAGCCCUGCACGAGGCCCGUGUCCCGAAG